CAGGGUGGAAGGAACAGGGCUCAGCUUUUUUAAAUUACUGAACAGUAAACCAUGGCUACAGGGGAACCCAAAAGCAAGAAAAUCAAACUAGAGGAAAAGACACUGAGUGAAAACUCUCUUUUUGGGAUGGGAAAUCCCCUGCUGGACAUCUGUGCUGUGGUGGACAAGGACUUUCUGGACAAGUACGGACUCCAGCCGAACGACCAGAUUUUAGCAGAAGACAAGCACAAAGAAUUGUUUGAAGAGAUUGUCAAGAAGUUCAAAGUAGAGUACCAUGCUGGUGGUGCCACCCAGAAUGCCGUGAAAAUCGCCCAGUGGAUGAUCCAGAAGCCUCAUAAAGUGGCCACGUUUUUCGGCUGCAUCGGCGAAGACAAGUUCGGUAAGAUCCUGAAAGAGAAGGCGGAGGAGUGCCAUGUGGACGCGCACUACUACAAGCAGAGCGAGGAACCUACAGGGACCUGCGCUGCCUGUAUCACCGGAGACAACAGGUCUCUGGUUGCUAAUCUGGCAGCAGCGAACUGCUAUAAGAAAGACAAACAUUUGGACCUAGAGGAGAACUGGAAGCUGGUAGAAAAAGCUCGUGUCUACUACAUUGCCGGUUUCUUCUUGACCGUGUCGGUGGAGUCGAUCCUGAAGGUGGCCAAGCACGCCUCGGAGAACAACAAGAUCUUCUGUUUGAACCUGUCUGCUCCGUUCAUCUGCCAGGUCUUCAAGGAGUCGCUCAUGAAGGUCAUGCCCUACGUGGACGUCCUGUUCGGGAACGAAUCGGAGGCCGGCACGUUUGCGCGGGAACAGGGCUUCAAGACGAAGGACAUCAAGGAGAUCGCCAAAAAGGCCCAGAACUUACCCAAGACCAACAAGAAGAGGCAGAGAGUUGUGGUCUUCACUCAGGGGAAGGACGGCACUGUAAUGGCCAGUGGGGACGAGGUGGAGAUCUUCCCUGUGAUAGAAAUUGACCAGAAGGAGAUUGUGGACACCAAUGGAGCUGGAGAUGCGUUUGUAGGAGGUUUCCUGUCAGAGCUGGUGCAGGAGAGGUCUCUGGAGCAGUGUAUCCGUGCCGGACACUACGCUGCUAAUGUCAUCAUCAGGCGCUCAGGCUGUACGUUUCCAGAGAAGCCCGACUUUCAUUAAAAAGAAAAGAAAAGAAAGAAAAAACAGUAUUACGCUGGCUGAAGCCUGUAUCUGGUGUUAAAUUGAAUUGUUUAUUCGCCCUUCUUCCUCUUCUCUUUUAUUUCCUUCCUGUAUUCAGACUUGUGUGCCUCUGCUCCACAGCAGCCAGCCCCACAGCAUGAUGAACUCAUGCACACAUUUCACUUUACAAGAACGUUUCGAACUGCUGAACCAAACGGUUGCUUUAAAUAGAGAAUUUGUUUUUACAAAAGGGCUUUUUAGUAUUUUUGUUCCUUCCUGUACUGAAAAACAUGCCAAAGUCAGUCGCAAUAAUAAUCACCACUAGCUUUUUUUAUAGAGGACGUGUUGUGUACAGAACGUCCAGAUUUUAACACCUGUCGGAGAGGUACAGCCUUAAUGAUCUUGUUUUAAACAGUGAGGUUUAUUACCGUUUACGUUUUUUUAAACCAGUCCUGCAUGCUUAUGUUUUCAUUAUGAUUAUACGAUUAAAACUCUGGCAUUUUUACAGCUUGUGCGUUGUUGCAUAGAGUUUGCAGGUUCUUGAACACUUUUGUCAAAAUUAAAAUUGCCUUUAAUACAAUACAAACCA